UCCUGUGGCUGCUAACACCCGGGAGAGUAAGAAAGGACUCGAGAUUCAACUGCAGUAAAAAUAGUCUCUCCAGGCAGUGUUCACAUGCUCCAAACUCAAGCGUUUAGCUGGGCCAAGCUGGUUAAGCAAACAAACGCAGUCAUUUGAAUGCAAUGAUUAACAGGAAGCCGAGAGAGCAGGCAGUUACCAGCAGCCUUUCACGGAGAGAAGAGGCUUGACUCACAGUUUCAGAGCAAUGCAUCGCCCAAAGAUCACCGAUAGUGAUUUUCCUGUGGGGACAGGUAGGGUCACCGGCCCCGGGAGCCUCCCUGGGGUGGGGCAAUUUUGUGUAGUAAUUGGUUGUAAGUUGGUUGGAGGCUGGGCAAUGGAGCUGCAGCGGAAGUCUGUCCAUUAAAAAUGAAAAGAUAAGCAAGCUAGGAAGAGGGAAGGGAGAGGAGAAAGGACCAAGAAGCUUCUCGAGGCUCAUCAGAAGCGCAUCCAGGUGGGACGAUGUCCAGACUUGGAGAAAAUGUAAGUUAAAGGAAGCUUCGCUCCUCAUCCCAUCUCUAAAGACAUUUGGCUGGUUUCCUGGAAAAUGGGCUCCUGGAACUACUGUCUUUUUAGUCUGUCUCUUCUUGCUGCCUUGACAUUUGUAUUUAUUUACAACAGCAAACUGUGGGUGAACAAUCACUUCCCAAGGGCAAUUGCCAAUGUUUCAGUCUUAGCAGAAGUCUGUUUUCAAAUGUUCCGUGGGGAGAGUUUUUACACAGCAGAGAGCCCAAGGAAAAUGACCCUGGAAAACUUCACCUGUUCUGAGUACAGGGUUCAGAAUCACUACAUAACAGAAACUCUCUCUGAAGAAGAAGCUGGCUUCCCUUUGGCUUUCACACUGACCAUCCACAAAGAUUUUGACACUUUUGAGAGACUCUUCAGGGCGAUUUACAUGCCCCAGAACAUCUACUGUGUGCAUGUGGAUAGGAAGGCGCCGGAGACCUUCAAAGAUGCUGUCCAGCAGCUACUAAGCUGUUUUCCCAACGCCUUCCUGGCCUCUAAGAUGGAACCUGUAGUCUAUGGUGGCUUCUCCCGGCUCCAGGCUGACCUGAACUGCAUGAAAGAUCUGGUGGCCUCCGAGGUCCCAUGGAAGUAUGUUCUCAACACCUGCGGGCAGGACUUUCCCCUGAAAACCAACAAGGAAAUAGUUCAGUAUCUGAAAGGGUUCAUUGGGAAGAAUCUCACCCCGGGGGUGCUGCCCCCAGCUCAUGCAAUCGGAAGGACCAAGUACGUCCACCAGGAACUGUUAAAUCAUAGAAAUCCCUACGUGCACAAUACAGCAAGAUUAAAAGCUCCCCCUCCUCACAAUAUGACCAUUUACUUCGGCACUGCCUAUGUGGCCCUCACCCGUGAGUUUGCUAACUUUGUCCUCAAAGACCAGCGCUCAUUGGACUUAAUCUCCUGGUCCAAGGACACCUACAGUCCUGAUGAACAUUUCUGGGUGACACUCAAUAGGAUUCCCGAGUUCCUCGGAUGCUUCUAGCGUGCUGCCGCCUUGAGGAAACACGUGAGUGUAGAAGCUGGAUGCAGGGAUCCAAGCCUGAAGGACAGGGCCUGCAGAGAUGGUUGAGAGCAUAAGACCCCUCUGGCCUCCCCCCCCCCCCCCCCGUGCGCACCCCACCCGUGUGCACAUAAUUAAAAAUAAAAAAACAACAUUUAAAACAUUGAAAAAUGGAAGCUGCUGGUGUGUCAACUUGGCCCUUCAUUCCGUCCUCACCAACUGCUGCUGCUUUUAAAAAUCAGCCAAGUUUGCUAGAAAAACAAACAAAAGAAAAGAAAACUUCCCCUCAAGUACCGCCAGAGCUCUGAGUGGUCUUUGGCCAGUGGGACCUGAGCCCUCCCCACAUGGUUCUUCAGCAGACACCCUCCCCCAGCCUUACCCUCACCCCAUCUGCUUCUUUUGGUAGCCUGAAGGGAGAGCCAUUAUCAACAACUUGUGAUUUCAUGUCAUUUUGCUCGUUUUUUGAGACAGGGCCUUAAAACCC